AAAACCUUUUUGGGGGAAAUAUUCACUUUGUUAGUCCUCCUCUUUCUUUCAAUAAGAUUACCUCUCAUUCUUCUAAAAUCCGCUGAGUAUAGGCGCAACUUCUCUUUAUAAGUCAUCUCAAGAACCAACCAAGUAAACCUUCUCUGCGUUCUCUCCACUGCAGGUGCUUUCUUCUUUAGGAAUGGAGAACAUUGUACACAGCUCUCUAAUUAAUCUAUUUAACACACAGACAUUAACAUUGACAUUGCAUCAAAACUUCCCAAAUCUAAUGUCCUUGUGCCCCUUGUAAUAAAAUGCACCAUUUUAUUGGCCAUCUUAAUUGCUAUCUGCACCCUACCUUUUAAUGUUACAUGUACAUGGACACCCAUAUUUCUUUUGACUGUAUGUCACUAAUAAUUUCCCUUCCACUUUUUACCCAAAUUUCCCCUCAUUAUGCUCCACCUACACACUUCCUGACCUCUCACUUAUCGAUUUGUGGGUUCUUUUGUGUGCUUCCACAGUUUAUAAAACCACCAUCUUUAUAUGGUAUUUGUGUACACAGCUCCAUUUUUAUUGUAAUGUAGAUUGUAAAUAAUGAAGGCCUCAACUAUGAUCCCUAUUGCACCUCAGUAGUUAAUAAUUUCCAAUUCUUUCUUCUGUUAGUCGGCUAAUGUCUUACCCAUUCCAAUAUAUUAUCUCCAUUCUUAUUAAGUAACCUUCUAUGAAGGUGGUUUUUCAAACACCAUCUAGGGAUUUAAAUACAUGACCUCUGCCUUUAUCCACCCUGUUUGCUACAUUCUAGAUAGGUGAUUUCCCAAUGUCCGUUAAUAAGUCAUUGAAGGGGGAAACAGUUCUCAGCUCUAUGAAAAAAUCGUAGCACAUUGUGACGAAAUAGAAAGUGCCAUUUUUACCGAAUGGGUUGAGUAAUCUCUCCCUGCCACUUCAUUCAGUGGUGAGAUAGUCAGCAGCCAGUAUUCUUUUUGAUUUGCAUCAACUAGGAAUUAGACUUCAUUUGAAAUGUGUUGCACUUUUUCAGAAGGCAGGUGUUUAAGUCAUAUUUUGGGUGUGCUUUAGUAUCGAUGGCCGGCACCAAAGAGUCAGUUGCUUUAGACUUCAUUAUGGCGAAUUGCACAACAUUUCUUUCUUAACUCUGAAAGAGAUACAAAAGUUACCCGGAUAUUCCUCCUUGUGCGAAUUUUCGGAACCGCUGAUGAACAUCUUUGACCGGCAUCUGAGCCAUAUUCCCGCUCUGUCAGAGACUGUAUGCUUUCCAAUCUUGAACAUGUUCAAUAUGUUAAAAAAAUCUGGAAUACUUGAACACACGAAUACAAGGUGUACAUUGGUUGGUUAAUCACUCGGAGAUAACCCACGAUAAAUGGCAGAUAAACUUCCAUUUGACACAUCGUUGAAGAAUUUUUCUGAAUACUCCUGACAAUCACUGAACUGGAAUGGCAAGUUUGGAACAUAAGGCCGGCACCAAAUGUAAUGCACUUGAAUUGGACACGAUAGAAGAUGGAGUGAAACGAAAAAGAAUUCAUAACGAUGCUGCUGAAAGCACAAGUUCCCUUCCAAACGAGGGGGAACAGUCUGGAUCUACCUCCAUGAAAAUGUCCGUCUUUAACCUGAGCAAUGCCAUCAUGGGCAGUGGGCUCUUGGGCUUAUCAUAUGCCAUGGCCAACACAGGGAUUAUACCAUUUAUAGUCCUAUUAAUUGUCAUUGCUCUGAUGUCACUAUAUUCAAUUCACCUUUUGCUCCAAGUUUCAGAUGAAGCAGGUUCAAUGGUUUAUGAAACACUGGGUCAGCUAGCAUUUGGGAAGCCAGGGAAAUACGCAGUUUUUGGAUCAACGUCUUUGCAGAACUUUGGAGCUAUCCUGAGUUAUCUGUUAAUUGUCAAGAAUCAACUGCCAAAUGUCAUCCAUUCAUUUAUAGCCGGAGAAAGUCAUGAAGUGUGGUACUUAAAUGGCAACAACCUCGUUAUAUUUGUGACAUUAUUCAUCAUCCUACCUCUGUGUCUAUUCAAGAACUUAGGAUACCUAGGAUAUACCAGUGGAUUUUCACUUGUCUGUAUGAUCUUCUUUUUAAUUGUAGUCAUCUAUAAAAAGACACAACUUCCCUGUCCUUUGAUAUCAACUAAUUCUUCAAACGCUUCUUGCACUGACAUGUGCUCACCCAAGUAUUUUGUCUGGAAUAGUAAGACAGUCUAUGCAUUACCUACCGUGGCCUUUGCUUUUGUUUGCCAUCCAUCUGUAUUGCCCAUCUAUAAUGAACUUAAACAUCACUCAAGCAAGAAAAUGCAGUUAGUAUCAGUUUAUUCCUUUGGAUCGAUGAUAAUCAUGUACCUGUUGACAGCAAUCUUUGGGUAUCUCACUUUCUUUGGCAGUGUUAAAGAAGAGCUGCUUCACUCUUACACAGAUCCCCAUGAUAAACUGAUUUUGCUCAUUCGUUUGGCUGUCAUUAUAGCAGUAAUACUGACAGUGCCAGUCCUUCUGUUCACAGUCCGCCUUUCAAUUGGCUUGUUGUUUUUCAAGGCAGAAUUCAACUGGAUUCAACAUAUUGCAGUCACAGUCGUUCUGCUAACUCUUGUUAAUCUUUCUGUAAUAUACAUCCCAACAAUAAAGGAUGUAUUUGCUGUUGUUGGCUCCACGUCUGCAAAUAUGUUGAUAUUCAUUCUUCCUGCCUUGUUAUAUUUAAAGCUUGUGAAGAACAAGUGUCUGGGAAAAUUCCAGAAAAUUGGCGUUAUAAUAUUUCUCCUUGUUGGGAUAAUAUUUAUGAUCACUACUCUGCCACUGGUCGUUCUUGAAUGGAAUGAAAGAUGUAGCAACUCUUCAAUCACGGAAAACUGCUCAGAAUGACACUGACACGUGUACUCUGAGAAGAUUUGUUGCCAGUCCAGAGUGCAUAGUGAAGUACUACUCAAUGAGAAAUUUGUUCGAUUAACCAGGAAUUGUCACAUCUGGUAGCUUACCUGCUACAAUUUGUAUGAUAAUGCCAACAGACUACUGUGAACCUGCUGUACCAGAACAGAACGUUUUAAAAAGUUCACUAUCAUAAGCAAAAUUUUAAAAUAUUUGUCCAUAAUUACUGAUUUUUAAAAAUCUGACAGUGUUUUGAUACUGAAAUUCUAACUUGUGAUUAUUUACAGUAAUUUCCAUCCAUUUUGCUAAUUAUUCCAUUUUAAUUAUUUAAAGGGCAGUUACAUUCUGUAUACUACUUUAUACCUUAAAAAUUUCCACGUCAUCUUUGAAACCUAUUGUAAAAUGACAUAUUGUCAUCAGUCAAGGAAAUAACUUCUGCCUCAACAGGGUUUGAAAUGUUGCCAUGCAAUGUGAAUAAAUUAGCAAAUAACACAUUCCUGGUACUCUUGUCACUAUUGAUAAAUGUAAGCUGUGCAGGAAUGCCCUUAAGGCCAUAUUAUAAGACCAUAAGACAUAGGAGCAGAAUUAGGCCAUUUGGCUCAUCUAGUCUGCUCAAUCGUUCAAUCAUGGCUGAUCCUUUUUUCUCCUCUUCAACCCCAGUCCCUGGCCUUCUCUCUUGAUGCCGUCCAGUCAUGAACCUAUCAAUCUCUGCCUUAAAUACAGCCAACGACCUGUCCACAGCUGCGUGUGGCAACAAAUUCCACAAAUUCACCACCCUCUGGCUGAAGAAUUUGUCUGCAACUCUGUUUUAAAUGGACACCCCUCCAUCCUGAGGCUGUGCCUUCUUGCCUUAGGAAACAUCCUUUCACAUCUACUCUGAUUAGGCCUUUCAACACUCAAAAAGUUUCAACAAGAUUUCUUCCACCUCUCCCCCCGCCAAUCUUCUAAAUUCCAGUGAUUACAGACCCAGAGCUAACAAAUGUUCCUUGUAUGAUAACCUUUUCAUUCUCGGAAUCAUCAUUGUGAGCUUCCUCUAGACCCUCUCCGAUGCCAGCACAUCUUUUCUUAGAUGAGGAGCCCAAAACUGUUCACAAUACUCAAGGUGAGGCCUCAGCAGCACCUUAUAAAGCCUCAACAUCACAUCCCUGCUCUUGUAUUCUAGACCUCUUGUAAUGAAUUGCAUUUGCCUUCCUCACCACCAACUCAACCUGCAAGUUAACCUUUAAGGUGUCCUGUACAAGGACUUCCAAGUCCCUUUGCAUCUGGGAAUUUUUAAUUUUCUUCCUAUUCAAAAAAUUGUCUGCACAUUUAUUUCUACUACCAAAGUGCAUGACUGUGCAUUUUCCAACAUUGUAUUUCAUUUGCCACUUUCUUGCCCAUUCUACUAAUCUGUCUGUCCAUCUGCAGCCUACCUGUUUCCUCAACACUACUGCCCCUCAACCAAUCUUCAUACUAUCUGCAAACUUGGCAACAAAGCCAAUUAUUCCAUCAUCUAAAUAAUUGAUAUCCAGCAAAUCAGCAAGGAAAGAGAUUGCUGUGCUUUUGGCGAUGAUCCUUGCAUCCUUACUGGUCACAGGAGUAAUGCCAGAGGACUAGAGGGUGGCAAAUGUUUAACAAUGGUAAUAGAUAGCCCUGGGAAUUAUAGACCUGUGAGUCUUAGAAUAGUGGCAGGCAAACUAUUGAAGAAGAUUCUUAAAGCCAUCUUAAAGAUUUACAAGCAUUUGGUUUGAUAGUUAACAUGGCUUUUUUGAGGAGCACACCAUGCCCCGUGAGCGUGAAUGAAUUCUUUGGGGAUAGGUUGAGCAAACUAGGGUUUGUCCCUUUGGAGCGAAGAAGAUGAGAGGUGACUUGACAGAGGUGUAAAAGUUGAUAGGAGGCACAGAUAGAAUAGAUAGCCAGAAACGUUUAACCAGGGUGGAAGUAGCUAAUAAAAGAGGGCACAACUUUAAGGUGUUAGAGGUAAAUACAGGAGGAAUUUCAGAGGUAGUUUUUUUUAAACAGAGAGUGGUAGGUGUGUGGAAUGAGUUGCCAGGGGUGGUGGUAGUGGCAGAUACAUUUACAACAUUUCAAAGACUCUUAGAUAGGUACAUAAGGAUCGAAGUAAAAUGGAGGGCUAUGUGGGAGGGAAGAGUUACAUUGAUUUUGGAGUUCAUUGUGGGUUGAAGGGCCUGUACUGUAUUGUACUGUUCUACAUAAGGGAGGAUAGUGGGGUUGAGAGGAUGGCAGAGAAAAGUUGAUGGGCUGAAUGACCUAAUUCUGUUCCUAUCUCUCAUAGUCUUGUAAUAUUUGUUUUAAGGAGGUAAUGGGCCUUGGAACAUUAGGGUACGUACUGUGAGGGGAUCCAGGAGUGCCCCUGUUAACUGUUCGAAGAGGGACAGAGUCAUUUAUCAUAAAAGUUGCUGGUGAAUGCAGCAGGCCAGGCAGCAUCUCUAGGAAGAGGUACAGUUGACGUUUCAGGCCGAGACCCUUCGUCAGGACUAACUGAAG